AUGGCACCCGUUUUGAAGAAGUACAAGGCCGCAGCAGUCAAUGCUGAGCCAGGAUGGUUCGACCUCGAAGAGUCCGUCAAGCGAACUAUUCACUGGAUCAACGAAGCUGGAAAGGCUGGUUGCAAGUUCAUUGCUUUCCCCGAGCUCUGGAUCCCGGGCUACCCAUACUGGGCUUGGAAGGUGAACUACCAGGAGAGUCUGCCACUGCUCAAGAAGUAUCGCGAGAACAGUCUGCCCUCGGACUCUGAGGAAAUGCGUCGGAUCCGUGAGGCAGCCCGAGCCAACAAGAUCUUUGUCUCUCUGGGUUAUUCAGAACUGGAUCUGGCCAGUCUCUACACCACUCAAGUCCUUAUCUCUCCUACCGGUGAUGUUCUCAAUCACCGUCGCAAGAUCCGUGCUACUCACGUCGAGCGUCUGGUUUUUGGAGAUGGUACGGGUGAUACCACCGAGUCUGUUAUCCAGACCGAGAUCGGUCGUGUGGGACACUUGAACUGCUGGGAAAAUAUGAACCCAUUUAUGAAGGCGUAUGCAGCCUCUCUUGGCGAGCAGGUCCACGUUGCUGCUUGGCCACUGUAUCCUGGAAAGGAGACGCUGAAGUAUCCCGACCCCUUCACCAACGUGGCUGAAGCCAAUGCCGACCUCGUUACUCCAGCCUAUGCUAUUGAGACGGGUACCUUCACUCUGGCACCCUGGCAAAGCAUCACCGCCGAGGGUAUCAAGCUGAACACGCCCCCUGGAAAGGAGCUGGAAGAUCCCCACAUCUACAAUGGUCAUGGCCGUAUCUUUGGCCCCGAUGGACAGAAUCUUGUUCCUCAUCCUGACAAGGACUUCCAGGGUCUGCUGAUUGUUGAUAUCGACCUGGAUGAGUGCCAUCUCUCUAAGUCCCUGGCGGAUUUCGGAGGACAUUACAUGCGCCCUGACCUCAUUCGCCUUCUCGUCGAUACCAAUCGUAAGGAUCUUGUCGUUCAUGAGGAUCGCGUAAAUGGAGGAGUUGCUUACACGCGCACCGUUGAUCGGGUGGGACUGUCGACGCCUUUGGAAGCUGCAACCCCCAAUGGCGAGCAGGAAGAGUAG